UAAAUAAAUACUACUCUUAGUCCUAAGCGAAUAAAUCAACACUGAAUCGCGAAGUUGAAAAUCUACUAAAUGUUCAACAUAUCCAGUAGCAGUUCCAUCGAGACUCGAGGCAAAACCGAUCGUACAAGAACGAGAACCAUCACCAUAGCCUACGCCGACGCCAAGUCCUACAGCGACGUCUCCAUCAGCUCAAAUAAUGAAUCUUCCUCUUCGUCCAGUUCCCUUCAAACACCUUCGACCGUGGACAGCACUCCGGUCCUCUUGGAGCAACUGGAACGUGAACAAGAGAAAGAAAAGUUCUUCGGGUACCAUCCGAUAUGGCGGGAGAUGUCUUUGAGUGACGGAACAAAGUUGAAAACCCUUGAGUAUCUUCUUGAAUACAAAGUGUUCCAGUUGUUUAAUUUCAUGAUGACACAUCUUUUGGCGCACUCUCCUGAAGACCCUGUGUCUUUUCUCGUCUCCUUGUUGGACAGAUGUAUCCGCUACCGUGAUGAGGCUGCGGAUCCUCCCUUAGUAUUUGAGGAUAGUCAUAUACACAGCGUAUAUGUUGCCCUAGACCCUCUGCUAGAGGGGACUAUUUCACACAGUCAAUACCUCGUGGGUAUGAAGACUCUGGGACUUACAGAGUUCAACGUCCUACCCAACAAUAUGGAGGAUCAUCGGAACGUGGCGAAGGAUGUGUUUGUAAAGGAGGCGAAACUUGCGUUGAUCAUGCAAUUGGACAGAAUUCUGGGCAAAGAGAAAGAGAAAAGUAGUAUGGUUGAAAAUGUGAUUAAUUAUAGUGAUUUGGGUUCGCAACAGUAAAAACACAAAAUAUGGUUCAAUAUAAAUAUAUUAUUGUAUAAUAUAUUAUUAUAUUAUUGAAUGAAUAUAUAUUCAAA